AUGAGCGGGAGCGGCUCCUUGGUGUUUUGCCGAUUGUGCUUGUCGCACCUUCAGCAUGAGGACAAGGCCAUCCGGUAUCUCACAGCUCCUGCUGAAAUGCGACAAUUUCUCGAGGCCGGCAGCUUCACUCAGGAGGCUGUCGAGGACUUGGUCAAAUCUGCGGUCCCAACCAAGAACAGAGCGAAGUUGAUCGCAUUUUUCAUGAGGGUUACGAGCGACUUCCAGGGAAAGGAGAAUGACUUCUGGGGUGCAGUGGAACGGAGAUACUUACGGGAUCUGCCCCACGAGCGGCUGAUGUCCAUGUGGCGGUCGGCGGACAAGGACGGCAGUGGCUCAAUCGACUUUGAUGAGUUUGUGGCAUUCUACAUGAAGUACUUCGGCGACACCUUCGAAACGGAGUUCGACCCGGUCACGGACUACUACCGGAGCAUGCGUCGUGUACAGUAG